GUGAGAAAUUUCCCUCUCUACUUGUUCAAUAUGUCUUUGAAAUUAUUGUCCCCCGAACAAAUUGACGCUCUUACAGCUCUUCCUGCUCCAGAUUUGAGAGCCAAGCUCGCUGGCUUCCGAAUGGAUGCUUUGAGCAAGCUCCCACCGGCCCCACUGGAUGAGCCAGCCAAAAUAGAGAACUCUUCAUUCAAAGGCCCUGAGACUGAUAUUCCUGUUCGUAUCUAUACUCCAGAAGGCACUGGGCCUUUUCCAGCUGUUGUAUAUUUCCAUGGCGGUGGUUGGGUUAUUGGCACUCUUGACUCAUACGACGGUCUGUGUCGUGAAAUGUGCGUUGCUGUUGGUGCUACCAUUAUCUCGGUAGACUACCGUUUGGCUCCCGAAGCCAAGUUCCCUGCUGCUACAGAGGACUGCUAUGCGGCCGUUGUUCAUGUACAGGAUAAUGCUGAAAGGUACAAUAUCGACCCCGCUCGUAUUGCUGUUGGAGGUGAUUCUGCAGGCGGAAACCUUGCGCUGGUAGCUUCGAUAAUGGCGCGUGAACGCAAAGGUCCCAGCAUCAAAUAUCAAUCCCUUAUCUACCCUUCCUGUGAUAUGACCAUGAACGGACCACAUAAGCAGUCCAAUCCCAGUGCUGUCUUAAUCCCACAAAUAAUGAACUACUUCGCCGAUUCCUAUCUCAAUGGACCCGAAGAUAUGGAGAAUCCUCACUGCUCCCCUUUGAAGGCCGACUUGACGGGUCUUCCGCCGGCAUUUGUGUUAACAUGUGAGCACGAUGCUUUGUUGGAGGAAGGUGCUGAGCUCGCUCGUAGAUUGGAAGAAGUUGGUGUCCCAUGCGAAUAUGUGAAUGCACCGGGUUUGGACCACGGUUUCUUUCAUACUAGUAGACAUCACUUCCCUGCUGUUGGCCCAUACCAAACAGCCGCCUAUGAAGGUUUGAAGAAGGCUUUGUUCUAGAUUUUUAUAUUAUAUCUGAAUUAGAUUAUUGAAAUCCACAACACGGAGACAAAGAAGUGUGCAGAUUUAAAAGCUUAUGUUUCCUCAAUUAAUGCUUAUGUAGCUUUAAUUAUUUUACCAAAAA